UACUGGCUGGUCACAGAGGAUCCAAGAUGGCGACCCACAUGUCGAGGUGUAGAACCUGGAGUCGUGUUCAAAGGUUUGGGAUCGCAGCUUACAGAAAAUACAGCAGUGGCGGACGAUACCCAAAUAUCUCCCUCUCUGAGGCGCUGCCUGGGAUCCCCAAGCCAGUGUUCGCAUCUGCGGACGGUCAGGAAAAAUAUGAGACCAAGAUCACUACUCUAGAAAAUGGACUCAAAGUCGCUUCCCAAAACAAGUUUGGACAAUUCUGCACAGUUGGAAUUUUAGUAAAUUCUGGAUCCAGACAUGAAGCAAAGUACCCGAGUGGGAUAGCACACUUCGUAGAGAAACUCGCCUUUUCUUCCACAGCUCAGUACGGGAGUAAAGAUGAAAUUCUCCUCACGUUGGAAAAACACGGAGGGAUAUGUGACUGCCAAACAUCAAGGGAUACCACCAUGUAUGCAGUGUCUGCUGAAGUGAAGGGUCUGGACACGGUGGUCAGUCUUCUCUCUGAUGCUGUUCUACAGCCUCGCCUGCUGGAUGAUGAGAUCGAGAUGACCAGAAUGGCAGUUCGCUUUGAGUUGGAAGAUCUAAACAUGAGGCCAGACCCGGAACCUUUACUCACUGAGAUGAUCCAUGCUGCCGCAUAUCGAGGCAACACGGUCGGUCUGCCUCGCUUUUGUCCUGCAGACAACGUUGACAAGAUAGACAGGAACGCGCUUCACAACUACCUGCGUAACUACUACUGUCCCGAGCGGAUGGUGCUGGCCGGCGUGGGCAUCGAGCACGAGCAGCUGGUUGAAUGUGCCAGAAAAUACCUGCUGAAUGCGAAGCCGGUGUGGGGAACCACCGCGGUGCCCAACGUGGACCUCUCUGUUGCACAGUACACUGGUGGCAUCGUCAAGAUGGAGAAGGAUAUGUCAGAUGUGAGCCUUGGCCCCACCCCCAUCCCAGAGCUCACCCACAUCAUGAUCGGCCUGGAGAGCUGCUCCUUCCUGGAGGACGACUUCAUCCCAUUCGCGGUGCUCAACAUGAUGAUGGGUGGAGGAGGCUCCUUUUCUGCAGGAGGACCUGGGAAAGGCAUGUUCACCCGCCUGUACUUGAACGUGCUCAACAGGCAUCAUUGGAUGUACAAUGCCACCUCCUACCAUCAUAGCUAUGAGGACAGUGGUCUGCUGUGCAUCCAUGCCAGUGCUGAUCCCAGACAGGUGCGAGAAAUGGUGGAGAUAAUAACCAGAGAGUUCAUUCAGAUGGCAGGCAGCGCAGGAGAGAUGGAGCUGGAGAGAGCCAAGACUCAGCUCAAGUCCAUGUUGAUGAUGAACCUCGAGUCGAGGCCGGUCAUUUUUGAAGACGUUGGUCGCCAGGUUCUCUCUACAGGAAAGAGAAAGCUGCCUCACGAACUAUGUGAUCUAAUAAGCAGCGUGACAUCCAGCGACAUUAAGAGAGUAACCACCAAGAUGCUGCGCAGUAAGCCCGCAGUAGCAGCUCUGGGAGACCUGACGGAGCUGCCGUCGUACGAACACAUCCAGGCCGCUCUGUCCAGCAAGGACGGACGUCUGCCCCGCAUGUACCGCCUCUUCCGGUAGACCCCCGGCGCCAUCGAGCAGGUCAUCGCUGGCAAACGUCACUGUAAAUAAACUGGACUGGAAGAUUACAGAUUACACUAGUGUUCCCUCCCACCACAGAACUUGAUGCAGCUCACUCUGGGAGGGGACUAAUACCUCAACUCUUUACCAAACCUCUAAGAGUGGGAAUUUUAAAGAAAAGUUACAUUUUACUCCACAGUAACCUUCGUUUACAUACAGUUGGAGUAUCUGUAUUUAUUGAUUGUGAGCAGGAAAGCCAUAUUUCAUUAUUUACUGGGGUAAUUUUGAAAACCCCCAAUACCAACCUGUUAAUGUUCGAGUCUAUGAAUGAAUGACAACGUAAAGGUAAAGUAGCAUAGACGCAAGAGAAGGAAGCAGCUAACAAGCAGUGUCGACACUGUUUUUAAUUGAGCUUUAUUGUUUUUCUAAGCUUGCAAACACUCAGCUCUCUAAAAAAAUAAAAAAAUCAUAGAGCUG